AGAUGCCCCCAAAACCAUGGUCCCCAGACUCCCACCCCUGCUGCUGUGUCCCUCGAAGUGUUUGUUUGUGUUCAGGAAACUCCUUAGCUUUUGGUUUAGUCCAGUAGGACGUGCAUUUUUUUCAGUUAGGGAAAUAAGGAAGCAAGGUCGCACCAGUUUAAGAUUAAUGAGCAUAGAAAUGGUUUUAACCCUUUUGCAGAGAAAAACCUUCAGCAUGCUUACAAUCUAGAAUUCUGAUGUCUACAUUUUCUUAAUUGUGGUCAGAUAGUAGAAUUUACUCCACAUUCAGUCUAGACUUCUGUUCUUUUCUGAUUUUAUUUGUUCAUUGCCUCCAAUUCAUGCCCAUUGUGUACAGAACAAUACUAGUCCUUUAGAGUACAGUCAUGUGUCACUUAACGUUCAUGGUACAUUCUGUGAAAUAGGACGUUAUGUGAUUUGGACGUCGUGUGAACACCAUAUUAUAUAAGGCAGUCCCUGGGUUACGAAUAUCCAAGUUAUGUACAACCCGUAGUUAUGAACCAACCCCCAACCAAAGCCGCCUAUAUUAAAAAUGAAGAACAUGCAGUGGUUUGUAAUAACAAACUGGUACUACUUAGCAAUGUGCAUCAAACAUUAUUAUUACUGUAUUAUGUUAAAGGUAUUUUAGUGUCUCUGGAAGUGUUUCUUUAAUGUUUUUUAUGCAUAGAAAGGUACACUAUAUACUAAGAAAAACAUUUGACUAACUGACAUUAGGUCUGCUAUGUUCCGUUCUCCAGUCAGGAUCUCUGAACUCUAUUAUAACCUUAUGGGACCACUGAUGUAUAUAUGGUCAGAUGUUGCCUGAACAGAUGUUAUGUGGCACAAGGCUGUAUUGAAAACAAGAAGAAAUGGAUACUGCCUUUAAGAAUCCAUUUCACCUGUAUUUGUUGGAGAGAUACCACACAGUCUACUUAGAUUUAACAGCUGUAAUUUCAGAGAAGCAUUUGUACAAGUGCAGGACACUGAAAAAAUGGAAUCUUCAAGGGUUGCUGACAAACCAAUGGGUUGGUUUCUCAGAAGUUUCUCAGAGAAAUGAUGACAUGAGAUUGCCAAUUUUGUUUUGUUCUAGAUGCUCAUUUUUGCAUCUGCCUAUCUUGAAGGUAAAAAGCAAAGAUUUUCCUUGCUUUGUUCUUUGGAAAUCACUCACAUUCAUUUUGCCAUUUCUAGGAAUAUUCCCCUGAGUAUAUGUACUGGGUUCCCGUAUUGUGUUGAGGAUCAUUGCCGUGGGGUUGUCUUAUAGGUAAACACCCUUAUGAUAAGCUCUCUUUGCUUUUUUAUAAUUAAGCCUCUUAUGUUGAGUUUGCCAUAAUAACAACAUUACUCUGAGGCCUUACUAUAUUGAAUUUCAUCUUGCAGAAUACUUUACUCUCCCCUAUUUCCUCUCGGAAGAUAUACCAUAAAGCAUUUUGUUCCUGGUUGAGUUAUUUAUAUCUACCAUCUUCUCUAUUUGUAUUGCUGAAUUGCUGUUUAGUUGCUUUACAACAUUAUAUGUUUAAAAGUGGACACUGAUAACUCAAAUUCUAAUUUUCAUUGUGGUUUUUAAAGAUUCUGAUUAGCAAAUGGGUUUGGUUUUUAACCAUUUAAAUCCUUCACUUCAUGAUUUAUUUGCAUAAAUCUGAAGAGGCACGAUAUUAAGUUAGUUAGCUUCUAAUUGUAUUUACCUUUUGAAGUGUAGGGGAAAAAAUUUCCAUUUUGGGUGGUUGGGGGGGCCCCAUCCCCAUAUUCAUCAUAUGGGUUUAAGGACUUUAAUGUGAGAGUUCAGGUCCACAUUCUUUCAGGCUUUCAGCUAUCCCAUGUACAUUUAAAAUGGUUAAAAUGAUUCUUUUAGAAAUGUUUCUAAGAUUUGGUCUCCCUGCAAAGUGAGGUGAAAGUCACAGAUAAGGGCAUGUUUGUGGUCCUUAUAUAGGGGACUGUUUUGGUCUUUAGGGUAGCCUGGAGAGGGCUGGAAAACUGGGUUAGGGUAGUGGUUUCACUUCUAUGCGAAAGAGCAGCUUAGGCAAAAGUCGUUAAUUUCAGUUUCUUCAGGUUAAAGAACUGUGUGUGUGUGUCUUGACAAAGCAUAUUUUCCCGUCAUAUAAAAUGGAGAAUAAAUAUAAUGGUUUUAUUGUUUUAGUUUAAACUAAAGAAGUGAUGGUAAAAUACUGUUUUGAUGUCUUUGUUUUGUUGACGUCUUAUGCCAGUGUGUAAACUUAAGUGAUUUCAAAAUAUGUUUUUCAAUCCAGAGCAGAUCAAGCAUUGUCUGGCUUGUCCUCUAACAGAGUCAGCGGAACGCAGCUUCUCAGGUUUCUUCAGGAUGCCUGCAGCACUUGUGGAGAACAGCCAGGUUAUCUGUGAAGUCUGGGCCAGCAAUCUAGAAGAAGAGAUGAGGAAGAUCCGAGAAAUAGUGCUCAGUUACAGUUAUAUUGCCAUGGACACAGAAUUUCCAGGUGUUGUGGUGCGACCAAUUGGUGAAUUUCGAAGUUCCAUAGAUUACCAAUAUCAACUUCUUCGGUGCAAUGUUGACCUUUUAAAAAUUAUCCAGCUGGGUCUUACAUUUACGAAUGAGAAGGGAGAAUAUCCUUCUGGAAUCAAUACUUGGCAGUUCAACUUCAAAUUCAACCUUACAGAGGACAUGUACUCCCAGGAUUCCAUAGAUCUCCUUGCUAACUCAGGACUACAGUUCCAGAAACAUGAAGAGGAAGGGAUUGACACAUUGCACUUUGCAGAGCUGCUUAUGACAUCGGGGGUGGUUCUCUGUGACAACGUCAAAUGGCUGUCAUUUCACAGUGGCUAUGACUUUGGCUACAUGGUAAAGCUGCUUACAGAUUCUCGUUUGCCAGAAGAGGAACAUGAAUUCUUUCAUAUUCUGAACCUUUUCUUCCCAUCCAUUUAUGAUGUGAAAUAUCUGAUGAAGAGUUGCAAAAAUCUUAAGGGAGGUCUUCAGGAAGUUGCUGAUCAGUUGGAUUUGCAGAGGAUUGGAAGGCAACACCAGGCAGGCUCAGACUCACUGCUGACGGGAAUGGCCUUCUUCAGGAUGAAAGAGUUAUUUUUUGAGGACAGUAUUGAUGAUGCCAAGUACUGUGGGCGGCUCUACGGCCUAGGUACGGGCGUGGCCCAGAAGCAGAAUGAGGAUGUGGACUCUGCCCAGGAGAAGAUGAGCAUCCUGGCCAUCAUCAACAAUAUGCAGCAGUGAUGGCAGUGAGGCUCUGUCAUGGGCCUGCCCUGGAGUGGUGCUGACCGUGCUGACUGGUCUGUGCAUACUUGUCUCCUUUCCUGAGCGAAAAUGCUUCUUUUGAGCAAGCUGUACCUACCAUCUGUGUUGAGCAGAAAGACUUUUGUUUUACUGAAGACAAAUGUCUUUAUUUUAGAUCCAGAAGGAGGGGUGUUUGCUCUGAAUUUGUAAACAAGUCUUCCCUAUUCCUCAUCCCCAAGCCUCUCCUCUCCAGUUGCCUCCUGCCACCAGCAUCCAUGGCUCAUUUGACACCUUUUUAAAUAUCUAGGACAAGUCAGAAGCAAACCAGUAAAAUGUAUAUAACUCUUACCUGUUGUCAUUCUUUUUCUUUUAAAUUUGUUGCUAAUCUCUGAAGAUGAAGACUUCUUCCUAUGAUUCUCAGCUGAGCUGAGGGCUUCCAGGGAAAAUGGAACAAAAUGGUGUUCUUGUGAAGUAGGUUAUAAAUGUUGACUCUUCUUUUUUUUUUUUUAAAUUUUUGGCCCUCUCGAGGACAUUUACUUUCCUCACACUUUAGUAGUCUUUCUUCAUGUGCCUGUACUAUUAUAUGGAAAUGAACUGCUCUGUACUGAAAUUUGAAGACCAGAUAAUGAAAACUUUUCUUGAGAGCAAACAUUCUACUGAAUCUGUCUACUUCUUGUGACAAACUUCAGAGUGGGUAUUAAGUUACCACUUACAUGUCUUUAGCUCUUAUGUUCCAUUGUGCCACAGACUUGCUGUCACAUGUGCACCAUCUGAAAUCAUUUUAAGUUUUCAUAUAAUCAAAUAUCCUGGAUUUGAUCCUGAAGGAAGUAAGACCAGAUUUUUGGAUCAUAUAUCUGUUGUAUUUUCAGUAAUGUGAUUUCAGAUGGUCAUCUGUAUUCUCCCACCUUUCUUCUCCAUCUUCCCUGCUUUUCCUUUCAGCAGACUUGAAGGUGGGGAGAUGAUUAUUGUUUAAGUACCAGAAAUGUGAGUCUUUAAAAAAUUAUAGUAGUUACAAAUAAACAGGGCAGUAAAGGAAUCUGAUUUUUGUUUGUAGAAUUCUUUUCAAGUAGUAUCCCACAACUGGGGGAGGAAGCUCAGGACUUUUUUUUUUUAAAGCUAGUCAUUUAAAAAGUACACUAUAUUUUUUGAAUGACUACAGUAUGGACGAUUAAAAAAAAAAACCAAAAACCAACCCCUUUAGAAUGGUAGAAGUUAAAGUGGUAACUCACUGAAGUGGAUGAAUAGUCUUGGAUUUUAAAAACUUAUGGGAAACUCAAUUUGAAAUGAUUAAAAAAGUCAAGUAUUAUAAGCUGGUAUUUAAGAUGCUUGUAAAUAUUAUUUAUGUUUUUAAUUUUGUAAAAUAAAGAUUUUUUUUAAUCAUUGGCA